AUGUUCGAACAAAAUUUAUCCAUCAAUGGGAAGUUUGUGCCGUCCAGCAGAGGUCAGACACUGACGGUUGUCAACCCCUAUGAUGAUUCCAUUAUUACAGAGCAAUUUCAGGUUGCAAGUGAUGAAGAUGUAGACGCAGCAGUUUCUGCGGCCAAAUCCGCGUUUCCUGGAUGGGACGCAACACCUGCAGCCGAGAAAGCCGUGGUCAUGACAAAGUUUGCCGACUUUUUCGAAGCCAACAGCGAUGAACUAGCUCAACUCGAGACCGUGGCCAUGGGACAACCGGUGUCUUUUGCAAAACGAAUGAUAGUUGCGGCUGCUUGCGUCUGGAAAUACUAUGCUGGUUACGCUGGAAAAGUAGGUGGAGAUACCUUUCCCCCGGUUGAAGACCAGACAUACAAGAUCGUUCAGUACGAGCCCCUGGGUCUCCGGCCGUGGCUGCAGGGAACACCUUCAUCCUCAAGUCAAGCGAAAAGUCACCGCUGUCUCUGGACCAAUACGGUCGUUUUCUCGGCGGGGCGGGCUGUCGUCAACAUCAUCACUGGCGACGGCAGGGUCGGCGCACUUCUAGCGAGCCACAUGGAAAUUGCGAAGAUCUCCUUCACAGGCUCGGAAGGUGCUGGGCGACAAGUCCAGAUCGCAGCUGCGAGGUCUAACCUCAAGAGAGUGACCUUAGAACUGGGAGGCAAGUCUCCAGCCGUGAUUUUCACUGACGCCGAUAUUCAAGAGGCGGCCAUUCAAUGCUGUGAUGGUAUUCUUCGAAAUUUCGGCCAAAUCUGUUUUCCUGCCUCGAGGGUCCUAGUCCAGGAAGAUAUAGCACCACAAGUGAUAUCGGCUCUCAAGGCAGCGUUUGAGGAGGCCGUGAAAAAAAUGGGCGAUCCGUCCGCUCCCGCGACGGGUAUUGGGCCAGUGGCCGGUAAAGACCAGAUGAACAAAGUCUUGGGGUUUCUCGAGCAGGGGAAGGCAGACGGCGUCGAAUUCAUUGCGGGUGGAGGCCGGGCAGGGGACAAAGGUAAUUUCGUGCGGCCGACUCUGGCCCUGGAUCUGACCCUGACGAGCAAGCUCUAUCGGGAGGAGUUAUUCGGGCCAGUCCUGGCUGUGAGCACAUUUGAGACAGAGGCUGAGGCUAUCAAGUUUGCUAACUUCACACCAUACGGGCUGGGAGCCGCUAUAUACACACGAGACAUUGCACGGGCCCUUCGCGUCGCUGGUCAGAUCGAAGCGGGCACUGUUGGAAUCAAUGGGGCUUUUGCUACCAGUUACAACACACCAUUCGGAGGUUGGAAGCAGAGUGGUUAUGGCCGUGAGCUAGGUCUCGAGGGAAUCAAGGCUUAUCUCCAUUCAAAAACUAUUCAUGUCAAAGUCCCCUCGCUGGGGAAAGACCAGGUCCUACGCACAGGAAUUAACCUUCGCCGGUCUUCACGGCAACCGUUCGAAGAUAGUUGA